CUCUAAUAUUUGAGCCUCGAAUUUGACAACCAACCUUAUUUCCAAUCUGUUUCGCAAUAUAAAUUCUUUCUUAUCCUCUUAACGUUAGGUAGAGUUGUUUCACUCGUCUGUAAUUGUCAUGUUCUAGUUAGGUACCUCUAACCUAUUUUACUAUAACUACAAUCUAUUUUCAUAACAUUCCAACAUCACUUACAAAUCUUUCUUUCUCUUCAUUUACCUCUUUAGGAAAGUGUACCUAAUUUCGCAAGUUUACUCUUUCGAAACUCUCGAAAUUCUCAUCACUUCCCUAUUUACUUAAAAACAUCAAGAAAUUUAGCAACGUGGAUAGCUCCAUGCUUAAUACUCAUGCUGUCCUCUACUAGAGGAUUAGACAUUCAACUUUCUUACGUGUAGUUCCUCAAUGAUAGCCGGGUAAUCCCAGGGACCUGCCCCCUGGAUGGAAUUCUAUUUAGUCCUGACCUUCAUAUUGUGGCUACCUAUUAUUUAGCUGGGCGUCGAUGUCGUACAAAACCUCGAGAUGAGACGAAGCAUUAGUUCAGUCACGAUCACAGAUCCCCUAGUGAAAUAUCAGUCGUUACUAGCGACUGGGGUCUGCUCUCCCGAUGCUGCCCAGCAUCGACUAGCGAUCCACCUUCGAAAAGUCUAUCAUCGGCUGAAGGACUAUUCGCCGUCGCAUGAGUACCGUGCUAGAUUGAAGGCUAUUACGAGCGCUCUAGACAACGCUAGAAAGAAAGAUAAAGAUCCAUCGCGUACUCUCGCAGUCGAGAGCCAUUCUAUCUGGCGUAACCCCCUUUUUACUCGCUUUUUUGCUCGCAAUGAGAGUAAAGAUGCGUUGGCUCUGAUAAAAGUCCUAACAAACUAUGAAGAGGCGAUUCAAAUAGAUUCGCCACAAGGUUUAUUCCUGUCUGGCGAAGUGGGCACUGGCAAGUCAAUGCUGCUUGACCUACUAGCCGAUGGGUUACCUACAAGUCGCAAGAGACGAUGGCAUUUUAAUACUUUUAUGCUGUACACGCUGUCUCAACUAGAGCAUUACCGAAAAUCGCAUUCGCACCUAGACCGUGGCGAUCAGGAGUAUUCGUUAUUAUGGAUGGCUAAGGAUAUGGUUGAGAAAUCGCCAAUUCUGUUCCUGGACGAGUUUCAACUCCCAGAUAGAGCGGCGAGCAAGAUUCUCAGUAAUCUAUUCAUUUCAUUCUUUCAAUUAGGCGGCGUUCUUGUCGCCUCAUCGAAUCGUAUGCCAGAUGAAUUGGAAAAAGCUACCGGAGUCGACUAUGUCCCUCCCGCAACUGGCGGCUUCAUAGGUCAAGUUUUGGGGUCAAGGCCAACUCGUGGAAGAGGAGAACUCUUCGGUUCUACUAGUGAUUUCGCAUCAUUCCUAGAAGUUUUAAAGGCGAGAUGCGAAUUUUGGCAAAUGGAAGGAGGCAAAGAUUGGAGGCGCCGUGAGGCUAGCGAGUUGCUAAGCAAACGCGUCAAAAACCCCGUUGAAAGUGAUGUCCCUGGCAAUUCACCAAUGACCCUGAAGAUAGGGGCCACUUCCGAUACGAAGGUGCAAGAGACAGACAAAUCAAACCUAUCCAUCUCAACACCAAACAAUUAUUAUCUUAUAAGCGAGACGAAUGAAGCUGUAUGGAUGGAAAAGUUAAACAACUUGGUUUUGCCACCUGGAGAGCAAGAAAUACCUUGGAAGUCAUUGACAGUGACUGUCUACGGCCGGGCUAUCACCAUUCCCCAACAGUAUGACGGAACUGUCUUAUGGGACUUUAAGGACCUUGUCUCUUCCUUCGGACCAGCUGACUAUAUUACAAUGGCUUCCACUUUUCAUACUUUUAUUAUUGAUGGUGUACCCAUUUUGACGAUUCUUAAGAAAAACGAGGCAAGAAGGCUUAUUACGCUAUUGGACGCUUUGUACGAAGCCCGAUGCAAGUUGAUCAUCCGGGCCGAAGCCGGACCCGAUCAUCUAUUCUUCCCGGAAGCCAACGCCGUCACCUCACCAAUAAAACAGGAUGUUAGCAACGAAAAUGAGAGCGUUGAUGGAGACGCAAUACACUCUGAGACAUUCGCCGAGGUGUACCAAGACACUAUGUCUCCAUUUAGACCAAAUAUUUCUUCGUACACUGAUUCGAAUAAUACAGACUAUGAUCCAGACCAGGAUUCCGACUUUGGCGUAGAGCAGAAGUCCAAAGUAGACUUCAGUAAUACCAGUGCGUUUACCGGAGAAGACGAACGUUUCGCUUACAAGCGUGCCACGAGUCGCCUCUGGGAACUCUGCGGAGCUCAAUGGCACAGCCGCACGGGCGAUGGCUGGUGGCAACCACUUCCCCCAGAAGCGCGGCAUUGGGAAGGCUCGCCGGUUUCGAAGCCACGGCCCUGGACGGCUUCGCCGGUUGUUCGAGGGGACGAUGCUAGCAUGGGGCCAUCCGUAGAACUUGAAGAACCGGCAGGUCUUCAAAGGCUACGGCUCGAAUAUUUGAGAAAGGCCUUUUCGGGGGAAGGCCAGGUCAAAAAUCAGAACCAAAAGUAGGGACUCGGUCCAAUACGAUCGGUGUAUAUCACGUUCACAUAGAGAUGUAUAUGUACCUACCUACCUCCUUAGGCACCUAGGUAUAUAACUGCGCAAGCAACACCGUAUAGAAGAAAUACCACAGUUUAUUCCAUAAUGCAAACUCCUAGACUCCAUGCUCUCUAUGCCAGUCCAUAACGCCUUUUUUCAUAUGCAUUAGGUUAGGUACCUAAUCUUAGGUACUCAUUUUGAACAGCCAAGUUGUCCCAAACCGAGACUCGUCUCGUAUAUAUCCUCCUCCUCCUCCCCCCUUCUUCCUCCUUCUCCUCUUCUUUCUUCUUCUUCUUCAUCACGCAACCAACUACCUAUAAAUUCGUCACCCCAGGCGCCCACCCCUCCCCAAUCCUCCUCAUCUCCUCGGCAAACUUGUGACUCGUAAUCCUCUUCCCGCCGACACCACCACCACCACCACCUCCUCCUCCUCCUGGUCCCGCGAGCGGCGCGUGCUCGUCCGGGUCGUAGAACGGGUUCUGCAGCAGCCGC